AUGCUCCUGGGGAGUCUGUGGGGAAGAUGCCAUCCAGGCCGCUGUGCGCUCUUCCUCAUCCUCGCCCUCCUGCUGGAUGCAGUCGGCCUGGUCGUUUUGCUGCUGGGGAUCUUGGCCCCCCUGAGUUACUGGGACUUCUUCGUCUACACAGGUGCCCUGACCCUGGCUUUCAGCCUACUGCUCUGGAUCAUCUGGUAUUCCCUCAACAUCGAAGUGUCUCCUGAAAAACUGGACCUGUAGUUUGGCCAUGGGUAGAGGAGAAGAGAUGCAGGUGCUGUAUGCAGACAUGUCUGUGAACCUGGGGCCCUUGGGCAGCAACACAUUACAGCUUCCACCUAGCAAGCCACGCCGGGACCAGGUCCCAUCUGAUGGAGGAGAAUCAAUUCAAGGAGAUGCCCUCCCUUUACAGCACACCGUUUAACAGCAUCCAGGAGGAACGAGAAGCUGCAAUGCGGAGGCUUUCAAAGUACUCACAAGGAUGCCCGAGAACAGCUGUGAUGCCAGGCUUCUGGCAGGUUCCAGGCUCCAUCACAAGCCCAGCAUCCCUGCACCAGAUCUGACAUCACUGCUGCUGUGCCAGCUGUUUAUGAAGGGACUGAGUAGCUAGCAGGUUUUAUGGCAGGAGCCCUGCCGGGGGCUUAGACACCAAAAGAGAAGUCUCAUCCUCUGCAGUUCUUCUUGUGAAUGUCCUUUUAGAAAAACAAUUAGAACCAACCACAGGCACCGAAGUCCAAAUGGGAUCUCCUGCGAGCACAUAUCAAGCAGGAUUGUUGCUAUUUCUCCUCACUGGCUCUUUGGACAGACUGUGUGAGCUCCUGGAGGGUUCCACUAUAUCUACCCUUUGAUACUGACCAGUUGGCACAUGGUGACAUAUUCCAAUGUGUUGAUUGCAAACAUGGAACGUACAGCCAGUGCUGUGUGCGGGAAGACUCUCUCCUCCUCAGUGGGGCCACACCGUGCACUAUUAAUGCAGCCCCACUUGUUUGCACAGCCUGGCCAUGCAGUGGCUCAUAUCGAGCUUUUAGCCAACUGAAACCCCCUGUGCGUUUUUCUGACAAGCCAGCUAGGCCUCUGCUAUGCUGUCCUUGUGUCUUUCAUUUGAUGACCUUAAGGGCAGGACUGUUUUUAGCUUAAGUUACAGCUGGUCAAGUCCAGCCCAAGGACAACACCUCUGAGGGUCAAGCCUCAUAGGCUAACCAGAUAGAUGUGCCCUGCUUUGCCAGCCACCGGAGCCCGACCUGCCCCACUAAUUUAUAUUUCCCCUGGUCUCGUUUUGUACUUUUUAUUUAUAUUUCGCCCUUAAAGUGUAUGUGUCUUUUAUAAGCUGCCUCCAAUCUUUCAUGGUACGAGGCAGUUACCUAAAUAAAGAAGGAGAUUUGGCCUUUGUUUUCAUGUAACAGGACAGAUUUGGAAGUCUUUGUGAUCUCAUGACAGUUCUCCCAGUUUUAGGAU